AUGGUGCUGAUUUUCAUAGCAAACCAUUUCACGGGUGACAAUCUGCUCGACUGUGACCAGAAGAUACUCCAGGAAAUGGGCAUCAAGAAGGUCGGAGACAGAGUCCGGAUCUACGUUGCCGUCAAACAGCUACGAAACAGAGCCCUCACAUACCGCAAAAAGAAGAACAGAGAUUCAUUGGCUGCCUUGGACGCUUCAAGAUACACACCACCCUCGUCAGAAACUUCCCGGCCGUCAAAUAACAACAGCAGUCGAUACCAACCUUCAGGCCGCCAGUGGUCUCGCAAUGAACCUCCCCAGCACACUUACAACGCUACCAAACCAUCAUCGAGGCCUUCUUCCCCCUUAGCCGAGCCUGACCGCCAGCUCCGGCAGUACCGAUAUAAUGGUGCCAGCCCAAUGGAAUCCAUUCGCCGUGAACAGGGGUCAAACUACUUUGGUGGAUACACUCAUUCGAAUUCCAGCACCUCCAGGCACACCACGACCUCCAAUGACCCCCCUCAGCCUCCCCGGUCCGUGGCCCAUAUCCGCCAGAAUCCCAGCAACGAUGGACUCACCAUAAGCUCGCUACCAACCCAUUCCCCCGUCAUCCGAGUCAUACACACCGGUGGACAGACCAAGGCACUCAACAUCAAGCAGUGCAAGACUGCUGACGAUAUCAUGGUCUCGGUCCUGAAGAAGCUCCUCAUCCCUGAGAGUCACUACAAAAACUACUGUUUCUACGUGCUGGAUGGCCUCGAUCCCAACCCGGCCAACUGCAGACGCAUCUCUGAUGUUGAACUGCUACAGAUAUGUGAUGGAUCUAACCGGUCUGAACGAGGUCGCCUCAUUCUACGGAACAUUCAUGCUGGAGAGCCAGAUCUGGAUGAACUUGAACUUGCUGCCCGUCUGGCCACGGACGAGAGCCAGGUUGCCCACAUGAACGCCAUGAACACAACCAACCUACGGAACCAGAUCAAACUGCAGAAGCUCACCGGGGAGUCCUGGGACCAUCUGCGACAGCCCAUGUCGCCCAUCACCGAUCGUUCACGCGAAGACCACAGGCGUCAACAGCACAACGAUACCGCAGAGCGUGACCAGAGCACCAAGCUACGUUCCUUCUUUGGCGCACGGCCGCCAAGUGAGAUGAUCAUCCACGAGCUCACAUCUUACUUCCCCAGUCACCAGAAGGAAGACAUCGAAAAGACCAUGCGGCUGUCCGUUCGCCGAUCACAGCGCAUGAGCAGAGCCGCGAGCCGUCUGUCCGUCAUGAGUGGUGUCAGCUUAGCCUCGAGCAUGAAGGAUGCUCCGCCUAUCCCCAGCAUCGCAGACACAUGGCUAUCCGCUGGAACACCCUCUAACCCUCCUUCCCGGGCCGGUGGUCGACCCUUGUCCGUCUCCAGGUUUAAUAUCCCCGCAGCAUCUUUCCGAGACUCCAUUGCUUCAUCCGCUCUAGAACCCCUGCAGGAAGAGUCCCCAAUCCAGGACAGCCGCAAGUCCUACGUCUCCUUCGAUGACAAUUCAGAUAACCCUGCCAUCGAAGAGCCGGAACGACAGACUUUCUUGGAUGAGACGCUCAGCGUCACUGCAACUGAUGGCGGCGGCUCCAUGAACGAGCGUCUCAGCAUGAUUGUGGCCGAGGAUGGGGACGAGGUAGACGACGGGCUGGCCGAUUUCCUGGCCGGCAACAACUUCGGCAACAAGAACUGGAUGAAGGGCUCCCUGAUCGGUGAAGGUUCCUUUGGCAGCGUCUUCCUCGCCCUCCAUGCCGUCACUGGAGAACUCAUGGCAGUCAAACAAGUCGAACUACCCUCCGCUACCAAGGGUACCGAAUUCGACCAGAAGAAAAACCUCAUGGUCUCCGCUCUCAAGCACGAGAUUGGCCUCCUUCAGGGACUCCGCCACGAAAACAUCGUGCAGUACCUAGGCACCUCCACAGAUGACCAAUACCUGAACAUUUUCCUCGAAUACGUUCCCGGAGGCUCCAUCGCAACCAUGCUAAAACAGUACAACACCUUCCAAGAACCUCUGAUCCGCAACUUUGUUCGCCAAAUCCUCGCGGGCCUGGAAUACCUUCAUUCACGGGACAUCAUACACCGCGACAUCAAGGGUGCCAACGUCCUCGUCGACAACAAAGGAGGCAUCAAGAUUUCCGAUUUCGGUAUUUCCAAACGCGUCGAAGCAUCCACCAUGCUUGGUUCCGGCGCAAAGGGCCCAUCAAACCAUCUGCACCGUCCUUCCCUUCAGGGAAGCGUGUACUGGAUGGCUCCUGAAGUCGUGCGUCAAACCGCCCAUACCAAAAAGGCCGACAUAUGGAGUCUAGGCUGUCUUGUCGUCGAGAUGUUCAUUGGUGUCCAUCCGUUCCCGGAUUGCAGUCAGUUACAAGCCAUUUUCGCCAUUGGUAACAACCAGGCUCGUCCGCCGCCGCCAGAGAAUGCAAGCAAAGAGGCCAUGGCCUUCCUGGACAUGACCUUCGAAAUUGACCAUGAAAAACGGCCAAGUGCACACGAGUUGUUGAGCAACCCAUUCUUGGAAACUAUUGCUUGA